AUGAAUAAAGAAAAAGAAAUUAUCACCAAAUUCAAAGAAUAUUUAGAAACAAAAGAAAUUUUCCUCAAUACCCGGCAAAUAACCAUUGAGAAUCUGCGAAAAAUUUGUAAUGAAUUAGAAACUUCAGUUAAUAUUGGUAAGCAUGCUAAAAUUGAAGAAAAAGGCAAAUUAAUUAGUGCCAGCGGAAAUGCUUUCAACUCGUUGACUUUUGGAAUUAUUAAGGCACUAAAACUUGAAGAUAGGCUAGAAGUUGAAGAAAUGAAAAAAACUAUCGAAUUACUUAACGAGAAUCGAAAAGAACUAAAAUCAGAAUUAGGGAAAGAGCAAAAAUGGUUUGUUAAUCUAAAAGAGAGAGUUAAUGACCCUACUAAAAAUGAUGUUUCUGAAAAAAUAAGUUCUGGCGGUGAUAUACCCUGA